UGGGCAAUCGUGUUGAGAUUGCCAUUUCUGGCAGAUUAAUAAUUGAAUAGUAAUAUAAUAUAAUAGUUUCGUAAAGUUUUUAUUAAAACUUCGGCCCAUCUCUCUCCAUUAGUUCCUUCUAUAAAUACGUGUACGAGUCUCUCAUAAAGUCAUAAGUGGGGCAAAUUAUCAUUUUUCACUUCCUCGCAUCAACAAUGCCUCGACUUCAUCAUUAUCUCCCAAAUCAAGCCUUCCUCGUCCUUCUUCUCUUCUCUUCCAUUGCCUCAGCAGCUAUUGUCGAACAUGUUCUCCACGUCCAAGACGUGGUGGUGAAACCGUUAUGCAAGGAGCAAAUAAUACCGGCAGCUAACGGAAGUCUUCCCGGCCCAACGAUAAACGUUAGAGAAGGCGACACUCUUGUGGUUAAUGUCAUUAACAACUCAACUUACAAUGUAACCAUCCACUGGCAUGGAGUUUUUCAGCUGAAGAGCACAUGGAUGGACGGUGCGAAUAUGAUAACUCAAUGUCCGAUUCAACCAAGUAACAACUUCACAUAUCAAUUCGAUAUCACCGGACAAGAAGGUACAUUGUUGUGGCACGCACACGUCGUUAAUCUACGUGCCACUCUUCACGGGGCUCUAGUCAUCCGUCCCCGAUCCGGCCGUCCUUACCCUUUUCCUAAACCCUACAAGGAAGUUCCUAUCAUUUUUCAACAAUGGUGGGACACAGACGUUAGACUUCUCCAAUUACGGCCAGCUCCGGUUUCUGAUGCUUACCUCAUCAAUGGCCUCGCCGGAGAUUCAUAUCCUUGCUCUACGAAUAGAAUGUUUAACCUCAAAGUUGUACAAGGAAAAACAUACUUGCUAAGGAUUAUAAACGCAGCACUCAACACUCACCUCUUCUUCAAAAUAGCCAAUCACAACGUCACAGUUGUCGCUGCAGAUGCUGUUUACACGACGCCGUAUCUCACCGAUGUGAUGAUCUUAACGCCGGGACAAACCGUUGACGUACUUCUCACCGCUGACCAGCCCAUUGGAAAGUACUACAUGGCCACCGUCCCUUACAUUAGUGCCAUCGGGAUACCAACCCCCGACAUCAAACCCACCAGAGGAUUAAUCGUCUACGAGGGUGCCACGUCAUCAUCAUCGCCAGUGAAGCCGUUGAUGCCUGCUACGACUGACAUAGCCACCUCUCAUAGGUUCUCCUCGAACAUCACUAGCCUCGUGGGUGGACCACACUGGAAGCCAGUGCCUCGUCACGUGGACGAGAAGAUGUUCAUAACCAUGGGGCUUGGCUUAGACCCAUGUCCUUCGGGUACCAAGUGUAUUGGACCGUUGGGUCAAAGGUAUGCUGGAUCUCUCAACAACCGCACUUUUAUGAUUCCGGAGAGAAUCUCUAUGCAAGAGGCUUAUUUUUACAACAUUAGUGGAGUCUACACCGAAGAUUUUCCCGACCAACCACCGGUUAAAUUUGAUUACACAAAAUUCCAACAGCGUACGAAUUCUGACAUGAAGAUGAUGUUUCCGGAAAGAAAGACUAGCGUCAAAACAAUUAGAUUUAAUUCAACAGUCGAGAUUGUUUUGCAAAACACGGCUAUUCUCUCCCCGGAGAGCCACCCCAUGCACCUUCACGGCUUCAACUUCUAUGUUUUGGGUUAUGGAUUUGGUAACUAUGAUCCUAUUCGUGAUGCAAGAAAGCUAAAUCUAUUUAACCCACAGAUGCACAAUACCGUUGGUGUACCACCAGGUGGAUGGGUUGUCCUCAGAUUUAUCGCUAAUAAUCCUGGUGUAUGGCUGUUCCAUUGUCACAUGGAUGCACAUUUACCAUACGGGAUUAUGAAUGCUUUCAUAGUUCAAAAUGGGCCAACUCCGGAAACGAGCUUGCCAUCUCCACCGUCGAAUCUUCCGCAAUGCACUCGUGAUCCUACGAUCUAUGACUCUCGGACGACUAACACUGAUUUGUCUUACUAAAAGCAACUAGGUUCGUUGUUCCAUUUUUAAAGAAAAAAAUACAUUUACUAUUGACUAUCAGUCGUAGUCAUUAUUUCCACAUUUUUGGAAAUCAUUGUUUCUUAAAAUUCAGUAUUCUUCUUGUAUUAAUAUAUGAAAAUUUUUGGUCACCAGUGCAAUACUACAAUGCUUGAACUGA